AUUUUUGCAGGACGGUUGAGCUCCAACCCAACAAAAAAGGGAGACUUGGUGAGAAACAACAGCAAUCAAAAGAGAGUCUAGGAAGAAGAUCGCCGCCCCAAGUUACAGACAAUAUAGGUACCGUAGCAGACAUCAAAGAGGCAGUACACCAUGGUGAGCAAAAAUGAUCGUCUCCCGAGGCGAACGAGUAGGAAGGCGCCAGCUGCGGCCGCUGCUACCAAUCCCUUUGACAGCGACUUUAGCGCAUCGGAGGCAUCCAGGCAGUCACGAGGGGUCGUCUUUGAUCUAGACACCAUUGCAGCGAGUCGCCGAGCUAUGAUUAGCGGAAAGAAACCAGCACCCAGAGCAAAGCGACCCUCGCAUACGUCGACGUCUCAACCGCGAAGAAGCAGCAACACACGAUCACAUUCGCAGUCACAAUCCAGGAAUAGAACGUCAAGGAAGGUUGCAAAUCCGAGGAGGGCGGAGUCUGCGGACAUUGAAAUGGGAAACGACAGAGAAAUUCGUGAAAGGAUCCGCACAAAGGAAACACAGGACGAAAGCGAGCAGGGAUUUGACAUCGAUAACCCAAUUACUAUUGAAGAUAGGGUGAAACCCACUUACGUGGAUGAACAAGCCAGUGAAAGCGAGAUUGGGAGUAGCAGCAGCAGCAGUCAGAGCGACAGUGACGAUAGCUCCAGCGAGGAUAGCGACGACAGCAGCUAUGGCAGUUUCGAGGACAAGCAGAAACUGCGAAAGCCUUAUGUGUUCGCUGUUUUGGGAAUGGUAUCCAUCAUGUUAUUGGUGGGGAUCAUUGCUCUAUCUGUUGUGGUGUUUGGAGGAGAUAAUGGAGAGGACAAGUCUCCUUUGUUGCCCAUCCUUACAGCAAGACAAGAAGCACUGCAUAACAUAAUUCAAGCAAUCGUGGACGAGGACAUGUUGACCGACUCUGAAACCCCCCAAUACCGAGCUCAUCAAUGGAUUCUCUACGAGGACCCUCUGGGGCUAGCUCCUGCAAGUGGGGCUUCAAAGGAACGAAUCAUUCAGCGGUACGUUUUGGCAGUGUUCUACUUCGCUACCGGAGGCGGAGAAAAAUGGAAGACAAACAAUUGGAUGAUUGGGGAUGAAUGCGUCGAUGAAUGGGAUGGCAUAGGUUGCACAGAUGACGGAGUAGUUCACGUGGUGACACUAAAUAACUUUGGGCUUGCUGGCUUCAUACCAGAAGAGCUCAGUCACCUCUCUGUCCUAGAACACCUCAUCCUGAAAAACAAUGCUGAACUUGUUGGUUCUCUGCCCACCAAGUUGGGAAAGCUGCAAUCGCUUCGACAAUUGGGCGUCUACAACAACAACAUCGAGGGAACCAUUCCAGACCAGCUCUUUGAAGCCACUAAUCUCAAGUUCAUCAAUUUACAGAACAACGAUUUGACGGGAACGUUAUCAGCCAACAUUGAAUCAAUGGCCCGUCUCGAGACACUCGUAUUGAUGAACAAUAGACUGACCGGGGAAAUUCCGUUUGGAGGCCUUAGUUCCACCAAAAUCAAGUUCCUUGGCUUGAGUCACAACAAGCUCUCAGGAACAAUAGGACCCAUGAUUGGCGUCUUAGACAAGCUUGAAUACUUGUAUUUGGAUGGAAACAGCUUCCAGGGUCGUCUGCCAAGCACGAUCUCUCAGCUGACUAGUUUGAAGUCAUUGAAUCUUGAUGAGAACGACUUUGAUGGUUUGGUUCCUACCGAGUUUGGAGAACUCACUGACCUAGAGUUUCUCUCGCUUCAAACCAAUGGGUUCGAAGGAUCAAUUCCAUCUGAGAUGGCCUUGAUGACAUCACUGCACAACGUCAAUCUUGCCCAAAACGCACUCACUGGAAAGAUCCCCGACCUAUCAUCCUUGAAAGAGCUGCGCAAUCUGUUGCUCUACAAUAAUAAGCUGAGCGGAGAGAUUCCCAAGACCCUCUUCACCCUCAACAAACUUGAAAUCUUGUUCCUCAGCUCGAACCAAAUAACGAGCACUGUACCAGCUGAAAUAGCGCAGUUGAAGGGAAAGCUGCGAGGGUUGUACUUGUCAGACAACGAGCUGGUGGGAACCAUUCCAGAGGCUCUCUGUGAACUGCAAAACCUUGAGGCCCUAUUGAUUGACGAGAACAGCUUUCAAGGGACAGUUCCGGCCUGUUUUGGUGAUCUCCAACAACUACGGCAGCUCUACCUAUUCAGAAAUCGAUUGACAGGGGAGUUACCUAGAGAGUUGACAGAACUGAGUUGGCUGACUGGACUAGGUCUAGAAGAGAAUGACUUCAGGGGCUCUGUUCCGCUGGAGAUUUGCUCUAUCAAAGAACAGAAUGAAAACUUUGACCUCUGGGCUGAUUGCGGUGGCAGCUUCCCAGACCUCUUGUGUCCAUGCUGCAGUGUUUGCUGCCCGUCUUUGGAUUGUCAAUGAGACACUUCCUAUAGUCGCCGUUGAGUGAAUGCAGACUGAGAGGUUCCUAUUCUUUGAACCCAAGAAAAGAGGGGGGGUGCACAACUCCUACCGUACAAACUGUGUGAACUAGUACUUCUAUUGACCAUAGAUAAUCUCUAUGCUCCUUUGUAGUGGGGGUCCAAAACUUAGAAUUUAGUACCGUAUGCGUUGGGGAAAACAUUCAAGGCCAGAGACUUUUGUUAGGGUGUGAAAGGAUCAAAUAUUCAGUAAGGUGCUUUUCAAUUAUCUCAUUGGCGACUUGGCAUUGUGUUGAUGGAACUGUUCUUGUGACAAAACCUGUGACAUUUGAGCUGGUUGGUGGUGGCAGCUUUCCAGGCUUUCUGCCCAUACUGCAGUGUGCCCUCCUUUGCUGCUUUGAUGAACACAGAGAAUAGAGAAGAC